AUAACGCGAAACUGCAUCCAAUUAUCAAUCGUUUAAACGAACAUUAACGUCAGUGUGUACCUGAACAGAAGCAAUGUGUGAGGUUGUGGAGGAUAAAUACGCAAAUCUAGCUUGAUACUCGAAAGCCAUAUGUACAUACAGCAGGAUACUUUAUGGAUUGACAGUCAUGGAUAUGUUGCAAACAUGUUAGAACUUAAGUACGGUACUCCAGCCUGGCACAUGUUUCCGUUCAUUGUUAAAAAGUGUGUAAUACAUUCGUUUAGCCAACAAAAGGUUAUAAACACUUGUUUAAAUAUUACAUGCAAUGUAUCAAUAUAAAGAAAGUGAGCGCGAGGAGAAUAAAAUACAAGAACGCAUGUUUUUAUUUUUCUAUAAACAACUAGCACACAUUAAGUUUAGUGGCAGUUAUGUACGAACCCCAAUGAGAUCGGGAAAAACACUAUUUUUGUCACAAGCAUUUACUACGUUUCAAGUGUGUUAAUUAACAUCAAACACAUCAAAUACAAAGCAUAGACGCACGCCCAACCAGGGUUCUGUAGAACAAAUGCAUACACAUCUUAUCAGUUGCAUAGCUACACUUUGUUAUAAAAGGGGGCCACACUGAUUAACAAACUCAAUAAAUAAAAGAUAUUUAAGUGCGCACAUAAUCAGUUUUCGUGUAUUUUAUAUAUAUAUCAGCAAAAUGAUCCUCAGUGUUCUCUUUGUUCUUGGUUUGAUACGAGUUGGUGCAGCUGUCGAAAAUGUUGCAGUUCCAUGUAUUGCAAACAAUAAUACGUGUUCCGACAAUAAAAAGGUGUGCGAAAAAGGAUUCUGUCAUAUUGCUCUUGGAGAAAAAUGUACUAUAUUAACUGAACAACCAUCACCAUCUCAAAAUGGAGAUAUGGUAACGACCGCCCAAAAUGGAGGCUCGUCAGAGAAACCGCAAUCGACUACUGCUGGAUCUGGAGGUCAACAUAUGACAACAGCAGGUGGCGGAGACAAACUUUCCUCAUCAUCUAUAACGACAGCCACUACAACAACCACAGAACCUUCAAGUACUUCUGUCGCAUCCUCAACUUCAUCAGGCAAUGGUGCAUCAUCUUCAGUGGGAAGUAGGAAAAAGCGCAGUGAAGAUGAAAAACGUGAAUGCGUCACAAAUGCUGUUUGUAAGCAAGCAGGUGAAAACAAAAUUUGCGCGUGUGCUGGUGGAUUCUCUAAAGAUGCAAACGGAUUGUGUGCAGGAGAUGCUGAUUCUGGCGCUGUUACCUUAUUCGGGCCGGCGAUCACAAUGUUAACUACGGUCAUGGCAUUAAUGCAUUCCAUAUAGUUUCAUUGUUAUUACUUUUGACAAGUAUGAACUAAUAUUACGGAUUUAAUAAUCAAUCAAACAAAGCAGCAAGCAGCAUCAAAGCGUAAGAAGGAUAACAACUUCUUUUUCCGGAUCUUGAGCACAUUCAAAUGUAUGCUCAAUUUGUCUCAUAUAUUUUAUUAAAAUUAUUGUUAACAUCAUACAAUUUACGAAUUACUACUGUGACUUUGUUAAACAAUACAUGGGACGUCUCUUAGUUUUCAAAACAUUACAAAGGACAUGUUUAGCUUUGAAAGUGGGUGUGAUUAGAACUUGAUGUAUUGCAUCAUAGAUUGCAAUGGGAGGUGUGCAAUGGUGGAUCAUGCAUGCCUGAUGAAGCUUUUACGCAUGGAAUUGGCAGUGUACGACCACCACCUUUAGAAAACGAUACUAACUGUUCUGUUUAAGCAGUUUUUACACCCCUUUUGGCCAAACUAGAAAAUGUAGCAUUAUAAUAAAAUGAA